AUGGCCGCAAGCACCUGGGAGACCAUCGCUACAGAAGCCCAGAAAUCUCUACUCGCUUCUAUCCCUCCAAAAUGGCGUCUACCUGGCCCCGUCAAUGCAGGAAUAACAGACGUCCGCUCGAUACCACGCACCUGCGGGUUACUAACCGAGAAGCAGCUCGAGAUCACCGAGCAAACAGCCAGCGAAUUGCUUCCCAAGUUGCGUAAUGGGACAUUAUUAUCAGUCGAAGUUACUGAGGCUUUUUGUGCCCGAGCAGCUAUUGCGCAUCAAUGUGUGAAUUGUCUCACAGCAUUCUUCUCGGAAGAAGCCAUGGCGCGCGCCAGAGAGCUGGAUGACAUUCUUUCAAAGACAGGAAAGCCAGUGGGUCCUUUACAUGGACUACCUGUUGGCAUCAAGGACAUUUUUCACAUGAAAGGCAAAAGAUUGACCAUGGGCUAUGUCGCAUGGCACGAUAAUGAGUGUACAACAGACGCCUCGGUCGUCCAGAUUCUCCGAAAUGCAGGUGCCGUCUUCUUCGUUCGCACCGCAAUGCCCCAGACCGGCAUGUUUCUCGAAACCUGGAGCAACCUCUGGGGCCGGACAAAGAACCCCUUCAACACGAACUUUUCGGCUGGCGGAUCAUCCGGCGGUGACGGUGCCCUCGUCGCCAUGCGCGGUGCACCGUUUUGUCCCUCAACGGAUAUCGGCGGAAGCAUUCGUGCUCCGGGGACAUUCAACGGGCUGUACGCCAUACGACCUACGGCUGAACGCACCGCGAAACGAGGCAUGGGCACAGCCGCUCCAGGACAGAUCUCCAUCAAGGUGUCAUGUGGGCCAAACUGCCAUAGCAUGUCGGAUUUGAAACUCGUCACUGAGAUAUUACUGACACACCACGGUCUCCCUUUCGAGGCAACGGCAGUGUCCAUGCCAUGGAAGCAAAUCGAAGCUAAGCAAGGUAAACUCUCGUUCGGGCUAAUGACAACAGACGACUGUGUCACUCCUCAUCCACCCAUUGCUCGUGCACUGCAGGAAACUGCGGCGAAGUUAAGAAGCGCUGGGCAUGAAGUACUCGAAUUCAAACCUCCUUUUGACUGCUGGGAAAUCGCACAUGCAACAUGGCAACUUUGGUUCCAAACUGGCGCAAGGGAGACAAUCGACCUUGUCAAAUCGUCAGGCGAACCCAUCUACCCGACGUUCCAAUGGUACUUGGACUUUUUCAGGAUCAAACCACUAACGGUACCGGAGCUGUUCAAGCUCAACACCAAACUCGCCGAAUGCCGCUACGACUUCACACGCGCAUGGCACGAAACGAGCGCGCGCACCAGCACCUCUCGUCCCAUCGACGCACUCAUCGCCCCUUGCGCACCUUCGGCCAGUUUCCCCCACGGCCACCCUGUAUGGUGGGGAUACUUCAGUCUCUGGAACUUGUUGGACUACCCUAGCGUCGUGAUGCCGUUGAAAAACAUGCGUGUCGAUCCGGAAAAGGACGUCAAGGACACGAAUUACACGCCAAAGGAUAACGUGUUUGAUAGGAUGAACUGGGAAAUUUAUGAUCCUGAGCUGUGGAAGAAUCAGCCAUUGACAAUUCAAAUCGUCAAGCCGCAAUUCAUGGAUGAGGAGCUCAUAUCUGUCGCGGAGACUAUAGAUGGGAUAUGCAAUGCCGAUGCUUACAUUUACGAAGACGAAGAAGACGAAGACGAAGAAGACGAAGACGAAGAAGACGAAGACGAAGAAGACGAAGACGAAGAAGACGAAGACGAAGAAGACGAAGACGAAGAAGAAGAAGAGGAAGAAGAAGAAGAAGAGGAAGAAGAAGAAGAAGAGGAAGAGGAGGAGGAGGAGGAGAAUAGAUGGCUCCAGAGCGUAUAUGAUUCAUGA